CACUUCUUUUCCUUAUUGCAGCUUGUAGAGACCUCAUUAAAAGGAGAAAUAGUCUUUGAUCCCAGAAGCGCUUAUUACCUUUGGUUUGUAAUGGAUUUCUGUGAUGGAGGAGAUAUGAAUGAGUAUCUGUUGUCUCGAAAACCUAACCGCAAGACCAACACCAGUUUCAUGCUUCAGCUCAGCAGUGCACUGGCUUUCCUGCACAAAAAUCAGAUUAUUCAUCGUGAUCUCAAACCUGACAAUAUUCUGAUAUCGCAGAGCAGGAUGGAUGCCAGUGACUUGGAGCCCACGCUGAAAGUAGCUGACUUUGGGCUGAGUAAGGUAUGUUCAGCUUCAGGACAGAAUCCUGAGGAACCAGUCAACGUAAAUAAGUGUUUUCUAUCAACUGCGUGUGGGACUGACUUCUAUAUGGCCCCCGAAGUCUGGGAAGGACACUACACUGCCAAAGCAGACAUUUUUGCACUGGGGAUCAUAAUCUGGGCAAUGCUAGAAAGAAUCACAUUCAUAGACACAGAGACAAAGAAAGAACUCCUGGGUAGUUACGUCAAGCAGGGGUCAGCAAUUGUGCCUGUUGGAGAGGCACUGCUAGAAAACCCUAAGAUGGAACUGCUCAUCCCUGUAAAGAAAAAAUCCAUGAAUGCACAGAUGAAACAGUUGAUUAAGGAAAUGCUGGCUGCCAACCCGCAGGACCGUCCUGAUGCUUUUGAACUAGAGCUGCGAUUAGUCAACAUAGCUUUUAAAGACAGCAGCUGGGACACGUGAGCUGCAGAGCGGUCGUCUCUUGGAAGAGCUGCUCCUUGCCCAGCAGAUGGUGCAACUUAAUGGCAGUAAAGAAACGAGCCCGAUCUCAGACCUGCAGGGUGUAGUUUCUUUUGAUGGAAUCUUGUUUGAGUUCCAUACGUUAUAAGAAUGUGAGUUGGCAGUUGUGUUAGAGAUGCUUUGUGUUUGUUUCCAGGAUGUUAUGUGUUAAGUCUUAAGAUGUGACGAUGUUCAUUUGUGUACGUUGGCAGUGGGACAUCCUAAGAGCUGAGACUUGAUUUCCAGCCAGAUCGCAGAGUAUUUAAUACAUUCCAGUUUCCUAUAUCAGUAUUAGGAACUCUCCUGGAAGAAGAGAUUUGCAUGCUGGUAGUGCAAAUCUUCAGGUUUGUAAAGUUAAUUGUGUAUAUAUUUAUGCAUAUGAGUGACCGAGAGCGUAUGCCUGUGAGUGUGUUGCAUUCCAUGAGGAAAUGACACUUUUCCUAAAUUAUUUGCUGUGGGUCUGAAUGUUUGGGUUCUGCUAGAAAACAGGGUGAAGAAGAUGGAUGAGAAUCAUUCCUUCUCUGGUCCGGGAUAACUUUAUUAUUUAUUUUUAUCUAAUGUUAAAGGUAGGGUCUGAGACUUGACUUUGUGAGCAAAAAAUACAAUGCAAGUGUGUCAGCAGCUCUCAGAGUGCUGAGGUGGCCAAGCUUUGCGCUCACAGCUCAAGGAGCUCAGCACUGAGGGAGUCCAAUGCCAGGUGUGUGCAGCUGGGUGCUAGCAUGUUGGUGAGGUCAUUAAUCAUUCAAUUUUGCUUUCUCCUACUAAUCAAAUACUUUAUUAAUCCACUAAUCUACAGUUUCACAACGUGCUCACUGCUCUUCUACCUGUAGUCCAGCAGCAAACUGAGUACUUAGGAGAGUACUGCGAGCUUCUAUCAUGAGAAUGUGAACGCCUGGUGAGGGAAUCCAGCAGCACUGAAGCAGUGGAUUUAAGAGCACUCAGUUAUGGUUCCAGCACAGCUGGAUUGGAUGUUACUGGGCAUGAGCUUUUCCUUUUAGAUGCUUACUGUCACCUGGGAGCAAUGAGGAGAAAAAGGGGUGACUGUCUCAUGGAACACACACAUUCUCCUGUGUGAAUAAGCAGUGCAGGCAGAAUAACUGCUUGUUCCUCCAGAAGCAAAGGGUUCUAACGCUAUCAGAAGUCUGUGGCUGUACAGGCUGCAGCAGCAGUUUUGAGCUGUUGCUCUGACCUGGUGGCAGCAAACCUGGAGUCACUAGGCCUUAAUUCUUGUCACUUUGCAACACUUUGUGUAAGGCAGCUCACCUAAACAGGGAUGCUCAGACAAGCAUUGCUGCCUUGAAACAAAGCAAUGUUUAACGUUCAGAAGAUAUCACAGAAGGAACUCCAUCAGCUGAGUGCAGCAGAGCACCUUUGGGAGCAUCAAUUGGUGGGAUGGAGCUGAGUGACAACAACGUUGUGCUGCUGUCCCUGCAGGGAGUUCAGGCUAUAAGGCAGGACUUGGAACCUGUCUGGGGUAGUGGAUGACAAGCAGAGAUGCACCUCUCGUGCUCUGGAAGUGGAGAUCUGCUCGCUCUCAUGUUUUAACUGGGCACAUUACAAGUGAGGGCUCAGCUUGUUAUCGACAGGAGGAGAACAGUUCUCUUGCUGUCUGUACCAGCACUUUUACAGUACUUCCAUCCCAGCACCAGUCAUCCAGUGAGGAUUUUGUGAAGUUCUAAGAGGACGUAUCAUCUUCCACGUUAAACUUGAGAGGUUUUGGAAAUACAUUAGCUCCUUCCUCUCACCUGCCCACCCAAAAGACAGAAUCAACUGUGUUAAUCUUACAGCAUUAAACUACAGAACAAUAGCACUUACCUUUAAGUCAGUCCUCUGCAAGUCUCUGAUUCUCCUCAAGCACUUCAAAGGUUGAACACUGAGCGUGCUGCCGAGCUGCACCACGGAGUUGGGUGCUAAUGAAUGGCACGAAAAAAUAUUUUUUGACUCCCACAGCACUUGUUUGCACUGAUUGCCACUUUAAAGGGUGGGGGAACCUGAAGUCCCUCUCAUGGUGCUUAGCUGGUGGGUGACACUGGGCAUGUCCUUGGUUCAUCAGGAGUGGUAGUUCUUGAGGUGUGUGUUCUGUUUGUUGGUGAGG